UGCCGAGAAGCGCGUCCUCGUAUAAACAACGCGCGACUGACGUGUGGUCGUUGCGAUCCUUCUUCCCUGCCAUUCUUGCCUCAUGCCUGUCGAAACCGAAUUGUAUGAUGUUUUAGGUGUGCCACCAAGUGCCUCCGAGAAUGACAUUAAAAAAGCCUACCGAAAAAAGGCCAAAGAACACCACCCCGACAAGAAUCCCAACGACCCCAGAGCGGCGCAAAAGUUCCAGGAGAUGGCUGCAGCUUAUGAAAUACUAAGCGAUCCGAAUACGAGAGAAGUUUACGACAGGGAAGGCAUGGAUGGUCUGACUGGCGGCAGGGGUGGCGGCAUGCCUGCAGACCCCGCGGAAAUCUUUGCCCAGUUCUUUGGCAAUGCAAAUUUCUUCGAUUUUACCGCAGGAGCUCCACGCAAACACAAAGGUGAAAACACCGAAGUACCCUAUGAUGUCACCCUGGAGGAUCUAUACAAUGGAAAAUCGGUCAAGAUCAACAUGGAAAAGGAGGUCAUAUGUACCACUUGCAAUGGAUCCGGAGCACGAGGAAAUGCUAAGCCGAAGGAGUGCAGUCGUUGUGAAAGUAAAGGCUGGAUCUUCACUCAGACACAGAUUGCACCAUCUCAGUACGGUACUAUGCGUACGAAAUGUCCAGAUUGCGAUGGCAAGGGCAGUAAGCUUCGCGAAAAGGACCGCUGUAAGAAAUGCAAGGGAGAAAGGACCAUAAAGGAGAAGACCCGUCAAGAAAUAUUUGUCGAAAAAGGGAUGCCCGAUGGCUAUCGCAUUGUCCUUACUGGCGCCGGUGAUCAAGAGCCCGGUAUACCCCCUGGAGAUGUGAUAUUCAAAAUCAAAACUGCCCAACAUCCCACCUUCGAACGCUCUGGUAGUGAUUUGCUCACCAACGUGAAGAUCACGCUGUCGGAAGCCCUUCUUGGUUUUUCGCGAAUACUACUGACUCAUCUUGAUGGUCGUGGUAUUCGCGUCUCAAGUCCUCCUGGGAAGGUGGUUAAUCCUGGGCAAAGUAUUAAGUUGCGCGGCGAAGGCAUGCCUGCCUUCAAGAAUCCCGACCAGAAGGGCGACCUUUACAUCGUCCUCGAAGUUGAGAUGCCAGAUGCUGAAUGGAUACGGAACGUUGACACCGCGGCCUUGGCGAAACUACUUCCACCUAAGAAAGCACAGAUAGACCCUGCACCUGAAAUUAUUGAUGAAGCCCCUUUCGAAGAGGCUGACCUAGAAGAUGUGCGUGCACGGUGUUUCCCGGCUAGCUCAGACUUCUUUGAUCAAGCCUUUGCACCGCAGUUUGGGGAUGGUGAUGAGGAUGACUGGGAAGAUGAUGAUGACGACGAUGACGACUAUGAUGGCCACGGGAUGGGUGCCGAACCUGAGUGCAGACCACAAUAAUCGGUCUGAGCUGUCAGCCACGCCCAUCUCAUGUUACUCUCGACUUAUGUAUAAUGUGCUUGCCCACCUCUGUCAUUUCCGGCUUACAUACACUUUGUAUACAGUUCAUCU